AAUUUGUACACUUAUAUUUCGGAAACUUUUCCAAUUGGAAUAACGUAAUAUUUGCAUAAUUUGCGAGAUGACGGCAAGCAACCCUAACCCGCACAAUGGACUACGGAGUACUAUAGUACAAAACUGGAGAGCAGGAGUAUAUGUAUAAGAAAUUAUGGUGACAAAGCUCUUACGGCGAGGCCAAGGCGGCGAAGGGAAUUCUGGCUCAAAGUCUUCAUCAGAAAAGUGGGUACAGUUUUUCAAGAUCAUUUCUCCUGCAGAAGACUCCACCCUGAGGAUUCCGGAAGAGUUUGUGAGAAAAUAUGGAAAGAAAAUGCCAAAGGUGGGAUCUUUUGAGGUUCCAACCGGGGAAGUUUGGGAUAUGGAGCUGGUUCAUUCCCAAGGUCAUGUUUGUCUAACCAAGGGAUGGAAAGAGUUCACUCAGAAAUUCUCAAUAAGAGAGGGCCACUUUCUGGUAUUCAAAUAUGAUGGAAAAUACCAUUUUCAUGUCAUCAUAUUUGACAGGAGUGCUACUGAAAUAGAAUACCCACAAUUCGAAUCUCAUGGUGGUGGUGAUGAAGAAAAUGCCAGAUACAAUGCCGCCUGCAAUUCCGAGUAUGAUGAUGAUGAUGAUGAUGAUGAUGAUGAGUUCUUCCAGGAAGAAAUGGAAACAGAAUGCGUCCAAAACAAGAGAAAGAGGAAAGAAGGGUUUGGAUCCAAAGUUGUUGACGUCAAAGGAUUGAAUUACAGAGUGAAGCUUGAAGAGUCACUCCACCAUGUUCAUGAGAGCUCACCUUAUCUGAAACCAAAAAACAAGAGUGUUAGAGCAUACCGGGAGCAAUCUAACACAGAUAAAUGGAGAUCGGAUAGGAAGGAAAGCAAUGCCAUUGAAAGAGCAAAGUCUUUCCGGUCAAAGAAUCCAUUUUACAUUUCUGUUAUGCACCGGUCUUAUGUUUCCUAUCCAUAUACAUUGAGCAUUCCCUUGUCAUUUGUUAAGGACCUCUUCACUUCAAGGUAUAAUGAUUUAUUGCUAAUUUCGAGUGGGAGAUCAUGGUCUGCCAAAUGCACCGUAGGUACAUCACCUAAUGUCAAGAUGAGUGGAUGGAAGGACUUCGUGUUAGACAACAAGCUGAAAAUGGGUGAUGUUUGCAUCCUAGAGGUUUUGAAAGGUGGAAGCCCAUUGAUCUUCAACGUCAUAAUAUUUCGGGCAGAUUGAUGAUGAUGCACAGUCUGCUAAUUUAGAAAAUAUUGGCGGACUGGAGUCACUGGACUCUUCAGCAAACCGGGCAUAUAACCUUCUGUUUUCUAGCUGCCGGCAGAAAAAAAAAUCAUACGUGAAGUACAUUUUUUGGUGUUUUAUUCCACUUUUUAGUCGUAGGAGCUUUAUGUCAAUUCCCAUUUAGUUCGCGUCUUUUACUUUGUCCACGUUUGAUAUUUGGCUAAUGUUUUUUGACAAUUUUAAUCAUUACGUUCGACACUUCUCCAGUGUCUUUAAUCAUCAGAAAUAUCAACGGAAGGAUCAUAUAUGAGGAAAAAACAAUAUUCAUGCAUCAUAA